UCAGGAUCAAGACUCAGCUGUGCGAAUAAUACAAAGAAACGCCGACCGAAUGUUUAAUCCGUGGUUUCGUCUGCUACUCGCCAUCAGACCGCUGCUAAAGAUUCAACGCACUGAAGAGGAGCUUUAUUUUCUCAGGAGUGAGCUAGAGCGUUACAAAACUUUGGUUAAAAUGCUCCGGUUCGAAAACGCCGAAUACCAAGCCAAGGUGGCCAAUUUGCUACAGCUGAUAGAGCAGAUUAACACGAAGGGUUCUGAGAGCGCCACCGUUAACGAACUUGUCCAACAAAUCUCAGAGUCAUUGGCAAAAAAUCAAGACUUCUGGCAAGAGAUGGCUGCAGGGAACAAGGCUCUGCAAUCUUCUGCUUUGGCCAGGCCAGACUGUUCUACGAACACCAGGAGUUCUCCUAUGCUGGUACCUUCUCCGCUGACGCAGCUCAAGCGUGAUGCCGAUUUCUAUCGCAAUCAAGUUGAAAUGCUAAAGGAAGAAGCCGAUGAACAGCAACACCGUUCGUCAGAACACUUUCAGGGUCAGGUUAGCGUUUUAAGCGAUCGGGUGGAACAACUGCAGCAUCUACUCAGCCUGGAGCACGAUAAAGUGAGCCGUUUGAGCUCGGAGCUGGAAGGUAUGAACAAGACCAUCCUUGAGGCGAAAUCGCACGAACGAAGUCUGGAACAAACUGUCAGUCAGCUUAGCAGGCAACUGGAACAGCGUGACAGGGCACAAGCGCAUGAAAUUAAGGAUGUCCUGCGCACAGCUGACAGUCCCUUAACUAUAUCUGACAGAAAUGUGGACAGCGAAAUUCAACGCGAUCUGGAACGAAAAUUGGCAUCUUACCGUCGCAUGAUCGGUGAGCUUCGAGCCCAUUUAGCAAAAAGUCCAAAGGCAAUGCAUGCGUUGGCAAACACUCCCUUCCAACCAGGCGGAGAAAUGGAUUUGUUUAGGGAACCCAUAUCUGUGGAAUCGGGCUACACAUCUGUUGAGCCCAAGCUGGACCAGAAAUUCUUCGCUUAUCCUGUGCAAUCGGAGCAUGAGUCGUACGCAUCAGGAGGGAGUACCACUCCUCGAAGUGCUUUUGUGCAAGAAAACGCUGAACUGAAGCGCCAGUUGGCUGCAUCAGAAAAUCUCUUAGCAGAGACCAUGGAGAAAAUGAAGAACGAACUCGAAGAUCGCGAGGCAUUAGAAUCUGAAAACAAAGAACUGAAUGACCGAAUAGCAGCUCUUAACCGUCAAAUCCGACACAAGGAGGAAGAAUAUGACGAAAUGAUCAAUCGCAAGGAUGUAGUCUGCCAACGUAAGCUGAAAGAACUGGCUGAUCAGCUGGAAGAAGAGACACGUGCUAAAAGCAGAUUAAUACAGCAGACCAAAGAGUUGGAAAAAGAGCUUACAGAGUUACGCAACGUGGCCGAGCCGGAUGAAGAUAUUUUGAACGAAGAGUGGGAGACCAUGAGAUCCAAAAUGCGCAUCGAUCUGGCACACUACAAGCGCGCACUCGAAAUAGUUCAAGAUGAAUACGAUCAAUUCCGCCGAGAACACGAUCCGAGUGUGGUCCAUAAGCAGUUAGCUGAAAAAGACGAGAGGAUAAGCCUGCUGGAACAAGAAGGACAACAGCGCCGAACGGAACUGGAAGUUUUGCAGGUCCGACUGCAAAACGCCAACUCCCUAUUGGAGGAGUCAGAAAAUCGAUUGAAGGCAUCGAUAAGAGAGCGUACAGCACAACAACAUCGCCUUACCUUGGUCGAAACCGAACGGGAUGAGGCCAUUCGCAAGGCAGCUAACAUCGAAGGAAGGGCAAGUGCAGAAAGAGAAAAUAUUGCUUCAAAACUUCGAGAAAUCGAAGAAUUGAGAGUAGAACGUGAUGGUUUGCGCCGAGAGCUGAUGGAGGUGAAGCAAACGCUUGCUGGUUGUCAGGCCGAGACCGCUGCUGACAAAAGACAACUGCAAGUUCGAUUGCGUGAAAUGGAAACAUAUAAUGAGGCCAGGAUAACUGACUUCAAGGCGGAGUUAGACAGGGCACGUGAAGAGCUUGAAAGACUUCAGUUAGAGCUCCAAACAGUGCAAGCGUCAGAACUAGAGCAAAAGGCAUCGAAUCAACAGUAUCGAUGGAAGAUUAACGAACUAGAGGAUCAACUAAGUCAUUCUCUACGCCGCGUAAGCACACUGGAACGCCGCAACACCGAUCUGGAUGCAGAGCUCACACGAGCAAAAGCCGAUCUCAGUACCUCUAGAGAAGUAGCCAGUCUACGAAAGGCGUCCCAGACACGAUUCGCAGAAGAGUGGCUUCAGUAUGUUGGAAGUGAAGAUACUGAAGACGAAGAUUUAAACGCUUCUUUUGGUGAUGAAAAUUCUCCUUUAAAUUCAAGGGUUAGAAGGUGUUGCAGCAGGUCUACUCGUUACGUUGUAGCGAUCCUCAAGGCGCAUGAACGGAGUCAAAAACAUCGUCUGGAAGAGCUGUCAACUAUGUCCCAUUCCCACUGUACUUUGAGCGCAUCCUCUCAGUCGGAUGUCACGAGUUGGCUGAAUGAAAUCCACAAGCGACGAACCAGUGUCGGACCAUCUGCCACCGAGUUCAAUUUUGCUAAGUGCCGUGUACGCGUCUUGAAAGGUCCUAAUUUAUUUCCCGAGUUCGCUGACAAUAUUGGGAAGACACCGGGCGGUGUAUUAUACUGGAUGAUUCGCGACCAGCGCGUUCAAGAUAACUGGGCUUUCCUUUACGCACAACGCUUGGCUAUGAAGUUCGAAGUCCCUCUUCACGCAUGUUUCUGCUUGGUGCCGCAUGCACAAGCGAAUACUCUGCGCCACUUCACGUUCAUGAUAGACGGCCUAGCGGAACUUGAAAAGGAAUGUCGGGAACUGCACAUCCAGUUUCACCUGUUGACGAUCAAACCGCACAGUCUCCCUUCCUGUGGAGUCGGAAUGAAGAGGAAAUACUCGGAAAGCGUUGAGGGAGGGGAACUUUUUGCGUGCGCUACCUCCCAAGCUGUAUGUGACUUAGUUCAAAAACUGAAUAUCGGAUGUGUCCUUACCGAUGUGUGUCCGUUACGUGAGCCUACCGCCUGGGUGGACGCUCUUACGAAGUGUGUGCCACAAAACGUGCCCGUUUGCCAGGUGGACGCCCACAAUGUGGUUCCUGUAUGGUACGCAUCGGACAAGCUUGAAUAUGCAGCCCGGACGAUUCGACGAAAGCUACAUGAUAAGGCGAAAGAACUAUGGACCGAAUUUCCUCCGCUGGUUUCUCAUCCAUACCGCAACGAAAACAAUGACACAGAAUAUUGUUUUCUAGCUGACCAAAGCGAAUACAAAAAGAGCAAGUGCCGAGUGGAUGUGCAAACUAAACUCCACACAGGGCGCGUCGAAAAAGUACGGAAUAAUUCAAAUUUAGGAGUAACUGUUCGAAAAAUGUUGUCGGUCACUCGGUGCUUGAUAUUAUAAUUGAGAUGCGGCCGCCAUGUGAUCAGCGCGCAAGCUCUCGUGUUACAACUGUCCUAGUUUAUAUCACUAAUUUGACCGCGAGAUCCUGGUAUGGUUGUCUAUACCACUUGCGAAUCACGCCUUAUCGAGUGUAGAUGCCAAUACUCUCUUGGAAGACAGCUAGUUUUGUCGGAUUGAUGCAAGACAGGGGGCAUGAGGCGAAAAGGAGAUCGCACACAUCUAAUGCAAGUAACCGGCGGCUGAACUACCCCAAUUCAGCAUUCUUAAGUGCAUUCAAUGACACG